AUGCGAACGACUGUGGUGAGACUCGGCAAGCAUUUUGGUGGAUUGGGCAAGAUGUACGGUGAGUACCGAUUUGCAUUGGCUCCGAACGAACAAAGUGCUUUCAAAGGAUUUUUCCAUGAAGCUUUUGUCUUCAACGAACGCAUACGUUACAAGUGGUAUUUUUAUGUUCCUCCAGCUAUUAUUAAUUAUGGAGUUUAUUAUUAUGCAAAAAAAGAAAACAAAGCGUUUAAUUCAAAAAAUCCAGCUGACUUCGAAAAUGAUGAAUAA